AUGUCCGAUCAUAAUACUCACGAUAACCACGACGAACUUAUCGAUUAUGAGGAAGAAGAAGACACUACGCAAUUAGAGAACGACAACAAGGCAUCUAUUGCUCCAGUUGAAACCACUAAUGGCGAAGAUCAAAAGGACAAAAAAGGAAGCUAUGUUGGUAUACACUCGACUGGCUUCAUGGAUUUCUUGCUCAAGCCAGAGUUGUUACGAGCAAUUGUCGACUGUGGUUUCGAACAUCCAAGUGAAGGUGUGUAUGAAAGACAUGAUGACUACAAAACCUCCACACAAAGAGUAAGACAGCGACAUCGAGCUCCAGUUUGUCUGUCUUCCUGUGUGUCGCUCGUUCAUUCGUUUUGCUCUUUUUUGCCGAUAAUGCUACGACGUCCUGCUGUUUUUUUUGGCCAUCUGUGUCAACUCGUCAACUAUGCUUUUCGAGGCUCGAUUUUAUAUAUUUAUUUUUUUAAAACAUCAUCAUCAUCGUCAUUGUUGAUGGAACAUCUCGUAUGGGGAUCACACGUAUUAUUAUUGCAAGCAUGGAAAUACCAAAAGGGCACGUUUGUUGAAAUGCAACAGGAAUGUAUACCGCAAUCUAUCCUCGGUAUGGACGUACUCUGUCAGGCUAAGUCUGGGAUGGGUAAAACUGCCGUCUUCGUGCUCGCCACUCUACAGCAAGUAGAACCUACGCCUGGUGAAGUCUCGGUAAUCGUCCUGUGCCAUACGCGAGAACUAGCCUUCCAGAUCCGUAGUGAGUACACAAGGUUCAGCAGAUACACACCUGAUAUCAAGACCGACGUCUUCUACGGGGGGGUUCCUAUUAGACAGGACUACGAAAAAUUCCGAAAUAAGGAAACUACUCCACAUAUUGUCGUCGGUACUCCGGGACGUGUUCUCGCUCUUGUGAAAGAAGGACAUCUUAAAGCUGGAAGCGUAAAACAUUUCGUUCUUGACGAAUGUGACAAGAUGCUUGAUCAAUUAGAUAUGCGACGAGAUGUGCAGGAAAUUUUCCGAAAGACACCUCAUAGCAAACAAGUGAUGAUGUUUAGUGCGACAUUAAGUAGAGACAUUCGUCCCAUCUGCAAAAAAUUCAUGCAAAAUCCACUUGAGAUUUAUGUAGACGAUGAAGCAAGACUAACGCUGCAUGGUUUGACACAACAUUUCAUCAAUCUACAAGAGACCGCCAAAAACCGCAAGUUAAAUGACUUGUUGGAUACAUUGGAAUUCAACCAAGUUUGUAUCUUUGUAAAAUCUGUUCAGCGAGCAACUGAGCUGAACAAGCUAUUGGUUGAAUGCAACUUUCCAAGUAUUUGUAUUCACGGGAAAAUGCCACAAGAAGACCGUAUUGCGAGAUAUAAAGAAUUUAAAGAAUUCUCAGCACGUAUCAUGGUCGCAACCGACGUAUUCGGACGUGGUAUCGAUAUUGAACGUGUGAACAUUGUAAUUAAUUAUGAUAUGCCGGAUGGCCCCGACACAUACUUACACAGAGUUGGUCGUGCUGGUCGUUUUGGUACCAAAGGGCUUGCAGUCACAUUUGUCGCUAAUCAAGAAGACGCUGAUAUCCUUCAGAAAGUGCAAGAAAGAUUCGAAGUUAACAUUACCGAAUAUCCUGGUUUGAAAUAA